GCCCGCCGUGCUGCCGUCGGGGCGGUGUUAGGAGGCUCGGCGAUGUGCUGAGAAGGGGCAGCUCCCAUCUGGUCUCUCCGCUUUUCGCCCUCCUCCUCCUCCUGCCCUGCCUCCCCCCGCCUUCCUGCAGCGGCGGACCCGGCGGUAAGUGGUGGGGAGUGCGUGAGGGGCUCUGCUCCCCCUGGGGCUGGGCAGUCGUAGAGGUGGGUGUGCGUACAGGUGCGUGGGUAUAGAGGUGCAUUUAUCGCCCAACGUUCUCCUUUGGGCACGAAGGAGGGAGGGGACGGGAGGGGAAACCAGCGGGCGCUGCGGCUGCCGUGUGCGGGAGCUGCUGGGUGCUUAUCUGCUCACGUCGCCCUGCCCUUCUCGGAUUGUCCCUAUAGAUACAGAGACGUACGUGUGGGAGAGCUCUGCGCCUUCCUUCUCCUCUCUCCACAGGUGCCCUUUCUUUUAUUUAGACAGAGCCACGUAGCCAUGUAUUGCUUUCUUCCCCCACGCUGCACCCAGGUGCUCCCACACCUGCUCUCGGUGCUGCCCACGGUGUCGCCGGGGCACGGAUUCUGCCCUUCUGGUUGCCACAGUUUUGUGUGAAGAAAUCCUUCAGCCAUGGAUGUGUUCAUGAAAGGACUUAACAAGGCAAAGGAGGGAGUUGUAGCAGCGGCAGAAAAAACCAAGCAGGGAGUGGCAGAAGCAGCAGGAAAGACGAAAGAGGGAGUCCUCUAUGUGGGUUCCAGGACCAAGGAAGGAGUUGUUCAUGGUGUCACAACAGUGGCUGAGAAGACCAAAGAGCAGGUAUCCAAUGUUGGGGGAGCUGUGGUGACAGGGGUGACGGCAGUGGCCCAGAAGACAGUGGAAGGAGCAGGGAAUAUUGCUGCAGCCACUGGCUUGGUGAAGAAGGAUCAGCUGGCUAAACAGAAUGAAGAAGGUUUUCUGCAGGAAGGAAUGGUGAAUAAUACUGAUAUUCCUGUGGAUCCUGAGAAUGAGGCUUAUGAAAUGCCUCCAGAGGAAGAGUAUCAAGAUUAUGAACCUGAAGCAUGAGAAAUCUUUUCUUCCUUUGUAUCUCCUGAAAUCUACUAACAAAGACGUCCCAUCCUGUACAAGUGCUGAGUUCCAAUGUGCCCAGUCGUAAAAUUUUUUUACAGUUUUUACAGUGUAUUUUGAAGUCUUCCAUCAGCAAUGAUUGGAGUAUCUGUGACUGCAUCCACCUCGUUUCAGCACUUCCCUCCUGCUGAAAUGAAAGCUGGUUGGCAGGGUCAUUGUUGUGCUGUGGAUAUUGUGGCUUCACUUUUAAAAGUUUAAAAACAAAAUACUAAAUAAAAACACCUAAGUGUCUACUGCUUAUUUCUAACUCUGUACAUGUUCUGUUGAUAGGCUGUCAGUAAUUUGAUAUUGUUUAUGAUACAAUUUUUAUUUGUUUCCUAUGACUAUUAUUUCUGUGCAGAAAAGACUUAUUGUGAAAGCUUUAUGUAAAUGUGUAUGUAUUAUAUAUAUAAAAAAGUAACUGAGCAUGAACUAUGCACCUAUAAAUAUUAACUGUUGAAAUUUUAUUGUUUUGUGAUGUGUUUUAUUAACUUGUCUGUAAAUAAUGGUGUUCAACUGAAGCAAAUAAAAUGUAACCUGUUAAAAAUGAA